AUGGAUAAUCUCAAGGCGAUAAUACCUCAGAAUAUGGAGUCCUACACCAGCAGGGCGAACACCUUAUUCUGUACUUACACCUCAGUCCUGUGUUUUCUAGGCUUAUUGUGCCACUUCACGAGUUAUAUCGAUCCAACUCCAGUCGUGUCGGGCAGUGUGACUCUAGCUGGUGUCCAGGACAUAGUACUCAACGGUUUCCUGAGAGCGGAUCAGGCCAAUCUGCAGCUUAAUAUUGAUGCUGAUCUUCGCCAGGAGAUGCGACAUUGGAGUAUGAAUCAGCUCUUUGUUUACGUCACAGCUGAUUAUGCCACGGACAAUGUGGUUCGUAAUUCCGUCACUAUUUGGGAUGACAUAGUUCGGUCUGAGGACGAGGCUCUCAUUCAUUUGGAAGGUGUCACCAACGAGUACCCCUUGAGGGACGUCACCAAAGGGACUUUGAGAGACAACACCAUAACGCUGACUUUGCACUAUCAGACUAUGCCCAUCAUAGGACAGAUGAAACAACAUUCUCUACCACCAUCGGAGCCAUAUCGUCUACCCUCGGAGUACAUAAAGGGCAAGUCUGGAGGCUCAGGUCGCCAACAGCACAGGUCUAGGCCUACCAGAUCUAAGAGAACGAAGAGUGUUCGCAAGGAGCACCCAUAUAGUGACGAGGAGCUUGCCUUCUUACUGAUGCAUGGGAUAGUGAGGGAACUGCUAGAGGUGACUCCGACCGAGGUUAAAUAUACAGGUUCUUCGGCUAAGUAUCGCCCCAUGGAGUUACCUCGACAUGUGAUCGUCCGGAAUCGGACUCGACAGGACCGCAUUGAUGUCCUCAUGGGUGUUGAAGAGGAUCAUUGUGAGGAGGGUAGGUGGGGGGUACAUCGUCCUGGUGGUAUCGGUGGAAGCCUCGUGUUGGGAGCUCGGUUGGCUGGUGACAAGACCGUCCUGCAGUGUCUAAGGCUUCCUAUAGUGGUCUCGAGCCGCGGAUCUACUCCCAUGGAUGUUGAGAAGUCUGAUGAGGCUCUUCCGACUAGGCCAGUGUCUACGACUACGCAAGAGAGCGGCAGUCGACUCGUUGAUUACAGUGGAGUUACAGCCUUGGCUAAUGCUGAUAGAAGCAGUAGUCACUUGGACCGUUCUAUUGAUGGAUGCAGCGAGUCGGAAUCUGGUAAGGAACUCAGUCUGGGUAUUCUCGUAUAUUUGUGGACGCUGAAGUUUAAAGGAGUCUUCAUGUGGUUGUACGCCGUAUGCUACCAUACGAUCGUUAUCUCAAUACGAGUGUAA